AUGUCUAAACAUCAACCAACAACAACAACCACACUAACGGCUGCGGCAAAGGCUUUGGCAAGUGAGCAGAAUUUACUGCAACGUUGCGAAAGGUUUCAGGUCCAGUCCAGUGAAAAUCCCAAAACCCCAUCACCCACAACAUCACACAAUCACAGCAACAGCACCACAACUCAACACAGAAGGCAUAGCUCUCUUAGUGGGAGAGCCUGUAGUAAAUCGUCCUUGGCAAAAUCGGCUUCCAUAACUGAUUUAGCAAAUAAAUUAGAAGAAUAUGAAAAUAUUACACUGCCCAAUAGAAUUAGCACAGAACGGACGGCGGCGACAACAACGACAGCGACGGCAACAACAUGCAAUCGAAGUGCUACACCAAAAAAGGAUUCAUCAUCUAUCGAUGAGGUCGAUAGCGAUGAAACACGGAGGCGAAGAUUGACCUCUUCGUCGGGAGCAGCAGCUGCUGCUGCCCCUACCACCACCAAAGAUUGUUUAGAGUCCUACGAUGAACCCGAUCAUUUACAACAUCGUUUUAGUCGAACCGCAGGAUUAUUUAAUGCGCGGCAUAAUUUCUCCUCAGUUCUAGAUAAUGGUUUGGCUGGUGACGCAGACGAUGAUGGUGGCGGCGGUGGCUGCACCAGUGGGAUGAGCAGUGUAUUUAGUUCGCCCUCAGCCAGUACAGUAUCAUCGCCCCUAUCAACGCCAACAAGACUUUCGCCACAGCAUUUGCCACGACAUCUUCACCAUCAUCAGCAACAGCAGCAGUCAUCAUCAUGUUGCCAAAAAUCAUCCACAACGCCAGCAUCACUAAAAAAUUCCUGCUCCUCCACAAUUUCAUCAAAUACGAAAAAUCUAUAUCUGCACGAUCAUCAUGAUCUUCACCAGCAGCAUCAGCACAAACAUCACAACCCCCACCAUCACCACCACCACAUAACAGCGUCUUCUUGUUCAUCAUCGAACGGAAGUAAAAACCUUAAGAAAUUUGAUCCGCGUCUGGGACCAUCACCUUAUCGUCAACUAUUGCCAAUCGCAUUGUGUAUUCUAUCAUUUGCGACUGUAUUCAGCAUUUUAAUUGUUUACAUGGAUACGACAGAAAUUCGCCAUCAACAAUUUCGCCUGAAUAUGUCGCGUGAUUAUGAAUUCUAUGGCGUGGCUCAAGACGAUCCUCAACUUAUAGCAUUCCUGCGUGAAAUCCAUAUGCGCAAAUAUUCAAUGCACUUUUUGAAAACACGAACGGAUGGCGGCGGCGUUGAAACUUCACCAUCAUCGCCCUCCACCCUGGGGCCGGGUAAUGGCGGUACACCGGGCGGUGGCCUAAUCGGUGUCCAACCACAUUUCAAUUUCAGUGCCCAUCCCAAUGAAUUAACACCAAAAAUGGCCUAUUAUGUGGCCAAUUUACUGCAGGGUAAAACAAAUGGUGCCGUCAUACAAUCCCUAACCGGUUCCUUGGGUCAUCUAAUGACAGCACCCUGGCUGUCGGAUACAUUAAAUUGGGCCGGUAUUAUUGUGGAACCAGAGCCACGGCGGUUUUUUACAUUGCGUAAACAGAAUGGGUUGAGGCCACGUGUACAAGUCGUACAUGCGUGUGUUUCACCAAAUCCUUAUCCCAAAGAGAUUACUGUACACAACGAAGAGUCUGAAGUGCGAAUUAAUAGUCUGCUUGACGAGGAGACGACAUGGUUCAAUUCGCGUGUCAAAUGUUUUCCGCUUUAUACAAUCAUGCUAGCUUCAAAUCGUGUUGAAUACGAUCUUCUUAGCUUGGGCGUGCAUGGUCAUGAGUUGGAGAUCUUACAAACAUUACCUUUUGACAAAAUAAAAAUUGAAAUUAUUUCAAUACAUUUAUUAGAAAAUCAAGAGGAUGUUAGCAGUUAUGUUCAAACAUUAACCAAGUUCCUACAGCGGAAAGGCUAUAAAUUGCAAAAGAAAUUUGGACGCAAUUAUUUCUAUCAACGCCUCCCAACAUCAUCAUCUGCACAAUUGGGUGCAACAUCACCAACACGAACCCGAAAAAAAGAUAUACUACUGAAGACGCCUUAAAAGCCUUUAUAUAAUUAAUUACUGUGUUUAGUUUUUUCAA